AUGGCGGCGCCCAUGGUGCACGUUUCCCGCUGGGUGCCCCGGCUGUGCUGGUGGCCCGUCCGCCUCAUAUCCGGCUCCUCUAGCCCUCUGGUGGUCGGGGCCCGGCGGGGGCUUUUCAAGGACAUGUUCCCGGCGGAGAGCGCUCCCCUGCAGCUGCCCGAACUCGUUGCUUCCGGCCCACAGACCGUCUACUGCGGCUUCGAUCCCACGGCGGACUCCCUUCACGUCGGUAAUCUGCUGGCAGUGGUGGGCCUGCUGCACUUCCACCGGGCCGGGCACCACGCCAUCGCAGUCAUUGGUGGGGCCACAGCCCAGAUCGGGGACCCCAGCGGGAGGAACCAGGAGAGGGAGCCGCUGAGUACGGAGCAGCUGGAGGACAAUGUGCGGGGCCUCCGGGAAUGCCUGGAUCGCCUUUUCACCAAUUCGCAGCCGCUGGCCCCUGAGCGGCACAACCGGCCCCCGGGCCGCUUCACUGUCCUGGACAACGCUACCUGGUACCGGAAAUGGCAGGCUGUGGACUUCCUGAGCUCGGUAGGCAGAAACUUUCGGAUGGGCACCAUGCUGAGCCGGCACAGUGUGCAGAGCCGCCUCAAGUCCCCGGAGGGCAUGAGCCUCACCGAGUUCACCUACCAGGUCUUCCAGGCCUAUGACUUCUACUACCUGCACCAGAAACAUGGCUGCCGGAUACAGCUGGGGGGCACCGACCAACUGGGCAACCUUAUGUCCGGCCAUGACCUCAUCCAGAGGACCACAGGAGAAGACGUGUUUGGGAUCACCAUUCCUCUCAUCACAAGCACUACUGGAGAUAAGUUGGGGAAGUCGGCAGGAAAUGCUUUGUGGCUGACCAGGGACAGGACAUCUCCGUUUGAUCUGUAUCAGUUCUUCGUCCGGCAGCAGGACAGCUGUGUGGAGCGCUUCCUAAAGCUCUUCACAUUCCUCCCACUGCCAGAAAUUGAGCACAUCAUGGAGCAGCACAGCAAGGAGCCGGAGAAGAGAAUCCCUCACAAGAGACUGGCUGCGGAGGUGACAAAGCUGGUCCAUGGCAAGGAAGGGUUGGAGUCGGCCAAGAGGUGCACCCAGGCCUUGUACCACAGCAGUAUUGAUGCUUUGGAAGCCAUGUCUGAUCAGGAGCUGCAGGAGCUCUUCCAGGAAGCCCCAUUCACUGAACUGCUGCAUGAACCCGGCACCAGAGUUCUAGAUGCCUGUCUAAAUGCCUCUGCCAUCCCAGAAGGGGCCCGUGGCUUUGAAAUAAUCAGCAAUGGCGGAGUCAGCUUCAACCACAGGAAGGUGACCAAUCCAGAUGAAGUUCUUGUGCUCGGUACGCACAUUCUCAGGAACGGACUGUCUCUCAUCAAGGUGGGGAAGAAGAACUUCUACAUUGUGAAGUGGCUGCAGCUGUGAGGACGGAGAACACUCCAUGCACUGUGUGUACCCAGCCCAGCUCUGGCUUCAUACACAAGGCUUGUUACUCUCACUAAGUGAGAACCUGUUUUGUACAUAAGUGAAUCAGAACAACUGUAUUCUAAUAAACUGGAUCAGUUGGAUAUUU